AGCCGGCGGUGUAGAUGCCUGUCCGUGCGCUGAGAUCUGGGGCCGUGAGGUGCCGCGGCGUCCGGGCCUGUUGGCGCAGCACUGGCUUCUGAGCAUAGAUGUCUACACCACAGCUUGAAGUCCUGAGACCUGUGGUCCUCAGUGGUUAAUAAGGGCUGAAAGAAGAGGAAGAGCCACAGAGACUUGCCACACUUUUGACUUCUGGGCCUGGAAUAACAGUGCCCAAGAGGCCAGGAAUCCUGGCUGUGACCUCAGCACACAGGACAGAGUUUUAACUGGAUGCUGUCUGCCACCACUUUCCACCUCAGUAUGACCUACAAAAUCCACGUACCAUCUCCAGGCCUAUUGUUUUGAACAAAGCAGAUAAAGAAGAUGAAGGAUAUUGGAGAACAACUGUACUCCACACAAGUGAAUGGUGGACCCAGUUCCUUGACCAUGUCCCCCAAACAGCCUAAUGCUUCUAGAGCCACUCGGCUGGAUAGACAGGAAGCACAAACCCUAUUGUACCAAGGCUCAGAGGCAGAGGCUGCCACAAUGACCAUUGCUACUUGUGUACAGUGCAAAAGUGUUCACAAGAUUCCACCUCAAGACUUCAGGAAGGGCCCUGGGCAGAGCCAGAAGGAAGAUGCUUAUGUCUGUUUCAAAUGUAGCCUUCAAGCAGUGCCUGCUCAGCUCCAUUUUGUGAACAAUAACCCCAGUGCUGCCCAUGUUAGAAACGAGACGGAAACCAUCUCGAGUCCUGUAAAUAAAUUUAAGGUUAGGAACUUCAAGCCAGGCAAAUACUACUGUGAUAAAUGUCGGUUCUCCACAAAGGAUCCGCUGCAGUACAGGAAGCACACGCUGCAGCACGAGGAGAUCAAGUUCAUCUGUUCUCACUGCAGCUAUAUCUCCUACACGAAAGGGGAGUUCCAGAGGCACCUGGUGAAGCACACGGGCAUCUUCCCUUACCGAUGUGAGUACUGUGACUAUGGUGCUAUUCGCAAUGACUACAUUGUCAAGCACAGGAGGAGGGUCCACGAGAGGGCAGGUGCCAAACGACCACUCAAAACCGUGGCCAAGCUGGAGCCCAAGAGAACCAGCAUUUCAAAACAGGGCGUGGAACUAUCAAAGGCUGCUAGUCCCAGGGCUGCCUUCCAAAAUAAGUUGUCGGACCAGCUGUCUCGGUUCUCUCUCCAUGCCAACAAAGACAAGACACACAAUGUGAUGUUGUUACCUGAGCUAAAGAAGUAUCAAAAAGAUGUAGUGUGUAUUCCUGAGCCAAGUGAGGUGAGCCUGUUGGGGAAUAAGAAUGUUGAGGUGGAAGUGCUGUGCCCCUCAAAGGAGCCUGUGCAACCAGGUAUGCCAUUAACUGUUGUGGCACCCUCGGAGCUGGUGGUCCCCACCAACUGUCUAGCCCAGCUGAUUGACGUGAAGGUCGUCAAUGGCACACAGCAGCUUGUACUUAAGCUGUUUCCGUUGGAAGAAAACACCCGCCUUGAGACAGGCAGAGGAAAUGGAGUUACUGCUGAGUGUAUGACUACUGAGAAGGGCUCGGGCAGACAGGAAAAAAUGCUCUCUCCAGAAGCAGCGGGGUCACAAGCAAUGGAAGGGAAUACUGGAGAGUUUGUGGGCCUUGAUCGCCUGCACUCUUUGGUUCAGAAACAGCUUAAAAAUGUGAAGUGGGUGAAGUCUUGCAAUUUCUUCAUGCCCAAUUCUGGUCUACACAGUCAUCAAGAAUCUUUUCUAGGUUCUGAUACAAUUAAAGAUUUGCAGAAAACUCACAAUUUGUGUCCACCUAGAGCCCUUCCUUCUGUUGCCUUAAAAGGUCAUUCUCCAAACUCUGUACAAAACAGUGUUCCCUGUGGUCCAGGAGCCACAGCAAACCCUUUCUUGAAUAAAGUAGCUCUUUCUUUUGCUGAAGAUGGUAGGGGUUCCCGAAGUGACUCCCAGCAGCUCCUUCCGCUUACCUUGUUGCCUGCGCAGGUUUCCUUCUCUGGAGAGAAGGGCAUACUGCCUAUAGGUGAAAAUGACUUAGAAUCCAGGAAUAGGAUUACUCGUCCUGAAACAAUACUUUCCUCUGACAGGAAGCUGGAAGACAAGAAGGUAGAAAGCAAGGCAGUGGGAAAUACAGGCCAGGUUUCCUCUGCACAGAAAAAAGAAUAUUUACGUAUAAACAUUACUGGGGAAGAUAAACUGAGAUCCCAGAAGCCUGGGGAUCAGCCUGUGCAGAACCCUGAAAAGACAAGUAACACAUUUGAAGGUCCGAUCAUCUCAUCAGUAUUUUCUCUGAGCUCUGGAUCUGAAAAUGUGCCAGAGGGCAUUAAAUGGAAUAGUUCAACAACCAAAAUAAAGUCCAUUGAACUGCUGCGCAGAAAGAUAGCACAGUUAAUUGAGUCUUGUGGCAAGCCUUCCUCUUUGUCUGCCAACGGUGCUCAACGACGUUCCAUAGAGCAGACACCCAAGCUAACUUCAAAAGCAACUCCCACAGCUGUUCAAGAAAUGAGUGUGUCCAUUUCUGGCCCUGGCCCUGGUCCUGGCCUUAAUGUGUGUUCUUUCCAAAAACCUCAGAAUGAGAGCAGUGUUACUGGCAGCGGGCACCUUGCUCAGCAGCAGAUCUGUCCCCAGUUUGUCAGUGGUGAUGAUGAGAAAAUGGAAAGCAGGGUGAUCAGAAAGACUCCUGUUGCUGCGCCAGUGCUGAUCCCCAAAGGGGCUGUGUUGAGGGUUCUUAACUCCUCUGAAGAUGCUCACAUCAUCGAGGCUACCUGUGACACACCCGUCAGCAUAUCCUGCAGCGAAGCAAAACCACUUCCAUUCUGCCCAGUGAAACAGACAGGCACAGGCUUCCAGCCCUUGGCAUGCAAACGUGGGCCAGCAGACAGGUCUCCAAGUCUGGAGGCAUCUCUUAGGCCCAAAUCGAGAAAAGAGGACACUCUCUGUAGUACCACCCCUAAGAAGAUUAUCCCUGUGUACAGCACACAGCCAGGAAGCAGUGACUGCAGCAGGCAAGGAAGGCCAAUUUCUAGAAACCUAACUGUAAGUAAGAACAAAACCAAGCAAGUAAGCUCAGCCAAGAAGAAAAACAAGAUGCAGGCUGAUCCCAGCCGCUAUUUCAAAGACCCUUCCUUUUUUCAGGUUGCAAGGCAGCUGCGACUAAUAGCUGUCAAACCAGAUCAAUUGAUUAAAUGUCCCCGUCGGAACCAGCCGGUCAUCGUGUUAAACCAUCCUGAUGUGGACUCUCCCGAAGUGACCAAUGUGAUGAAGGUAAUCAACAAGUACAAAGGCAAUGUCCUCAAGGUUGUCCUGUCUGAAAGGACUAGGUGUCAGCUGGGUGUUCGGCGGCACCAUAUGAGGCUGACCUACCAGAAUGCGGAGGAAGCAAACCACCUGAAGAGACAGAUGAUGCUGAAAAUGAAACUGAAAAAGGUUCAUAAAAACAACUACCAGGUGGUGGGCUCAUUGCCAGAUGACCCUGCUCAGUGUGUGUUUAAGUGCUGGUUCUGUGGGCGCCUCUAUGAAGACCAGGAAGAAUGGAUGAGUCAUGGCCAGCGGCAUUUGAUCGAGGCCACCAGAGACUGGGAUGUUCUUUCUUCAAAGGGCAAAUGAGUAAAAAUUGGUCUUUGAAAAUCGGUUUUCUUCUAGUUUUCCUGGCUUAGGGUUGCACCCUAGACCCUCAAUGCAGUAGAUGAAAGGGGGUUGCCAGAGUCACCAUAGGAAAGUUGAGAGACCCUUUCUUAUCUGAGCUCUGUGUCUGGACCAGGAGAGGUGUGAGGGCCUUGAAAUUCUAUUUGCUGUUGGAAGGAUGUAAUCUGAGGCCUUUCUUGCUUAGUGCUGAUUUUUCUGGGUAGACACAUGUUUCAUAAUCCAUUUAGAAGGGCAGGUUUAUGAUUUACAGGCUUCUCAGAUGAAAGCUAGUAAAGAGUUAAGCCUCUCUUAGUGCACACAUCCACUUUGAUUUUUGCAUUGACUCUUCCAGAAUAUUAGGUACAUAAUAGAAAUUACAUAUUUUUACUUGAAGGGUCAUCUUAAAUUUGGUUACAUGUAUGACCCCUCCCACUAGCAGUGUUCUGCGAAGCCAUGAGCUUUGCUUUCACUGGUCUUGCAUCAGCAACUGGUGUUAGGAAAAGAAGAGACAAAUAUUCAGUAUUUAGCUUUUGCUUGCUUUUAAAAUAACUUGAUUGGUAAUAGUUGGGUAGGAAAUAUGUAAUUGGUUUUUUGUUUUUGUUUUAGGUAAAGAAGGAAAAAUAUAUAAAAUUAAGUCUGUUCUCUUAUCGGAUGCUCCACCAAACAUAAAUGGCCAUUUUAAAAUGUGAAGGAGCAGAUUCAUUAAAACAGAUAAACCUUGGUAGUGCCACUCCAUGUGGACUUGAAAGCCCGCUGUGAGGGUCUGCUGUGGCUGGCUUUUCACCUGGGGACCUAUGCAAAGCCCCAGGGGAUGCCACCACCGUCUUGAGCAUAGGAUCAUAGGGUUAUCCCCCAGGCCAGAUGUUCUCCCUUUCCCCCUUUCUGGUAAGAUCCUCCUGAGGAAGAACAUGGUCUCUGUGAGCACUUUUCCUCCUGCACACUGGUGACUGCAGGAGUCAACAACAUGGCAAGAGAACCCCACUCGUCUGUGGAGGCUUUAGGAACACUACCCCUGUUUUCAGUGCAAGGAGCAGGCCACUCAUAGUCUUGCCACAGAUGCUCGCGCUCUCUUGCUUACCUUUGCUGGGAGGAUUUCCCCUCCACUAAGAGGUGUCAAGACCCAGCCAUCUACAAGGCACCUUUUCACAUUAGGAGAAAGCCUGUCUCCUGCAUAUGUAGGGCUUCCUGGCCACGGUCAGCUCAGCAGGCGCGAACCAUGCCAAGCCCAGGAGGCUGAGUCACAGGCCAGCCCUCUCUGAGACUGUCCAUUCUUAGGGGCUUAGUGCUGAAUGCCGUGAAUGGAACAGGGGAAUGGAUGGUUGGAUCUGAAAAUGGUACCAGUGACUUCUAAUCUCCUGGGUAUUCAGGCUUCCUGAUUUUGCCUUUUCACAUGGCAAGUCUUACCUUAUCCUCUCACAGUUGGGAUUGUACUCCUUUCAACUUUGUUUUCAUUAUAAAUACUUGGCUUUUCUUAGGUACAAGUCAAUACCUGAUCAUUUUGUUAAUUGAUAAUUUUAAUUUAAAAAUUGCAUUUUUAUAUAUGUGUAUAUAUGUGUACACAUAUAAAUAUUUUUUACCAUGUGCAAAUUGCAACAGCUAAUUUUCUGAUUUCCUAUUUUAUAAUGAUACAUGAGCUGUGGAAAUAUAAAGCUUUUAUAUUCUAGAAAUAAUUUAUUUUAAAAGAACAUUUUUACAAUGGUUUCAUCUCAUUUUUAGAAAAUGAAAGCACAGUAAACGGUGGGACCUAAUUCCUAUGAGCAAACGGGAGUAGACAACCCUUGUGGGCCAUUGUAUUGUGGCAUCUAGCCAUGCCUGGUGCUGGGUGGCUCUGUAAUGUGGAGCAUUCUGAGGUCUGAUCAGUGGUGCAGACUGGUGCCCUCCAUGUCAAACUUGAGUCUCGUGUAAUGUGGCAGGAGGGGCUGUGGGAUCCACUCCUUCUCUACCUCACUGCUGCACAGUCCCAUCCCUCCCAACCCCUAAUGGCUGGGACGGGAGCUGCCACAGAUCGUUGUCAACAGAAUCUUUACACUCUGCAACAGCAGCAGUUUUCAAGUAUUAUCUAGAACAACUUGUACCUAUGUGGAGCUGGAGUUAGUGAGCAGAAUAUGUAGGGAACCUUUGGGGGGAUCUUCAGAACUACAGUCCUUGUUGAGGAUCUCAGAGGGCUCCCAGAAGUCCUAAGCAUGGGAAAGGUGAAAGUGACUGACUUUUCAAACAGAGCUUUAGUCAUAGCGUAUCAUAUAGGUAAGUGUGUGGAAGGACCCCGUUUCUAACAGAUUGGAGGGAGAACAGGAACAAGGUACUUCCGUAGUCUUACCUUAACUUUGAAGGUUCUAAUCACUACAUUUUAUUGAUAGUACUUUUAAACUUAUUUUUUAAGCUAGUUUUUUUUUUAAACUUUGGGGGACCAGGAAUAAAAGGAUCUUCUUUUAUUUAUGAUAUAGGCAAGUAGAAUUUAAAAAAAAAAAAAAGCCUCUGAUUCUUAAGUGUCCUCUCAAUAGAUUAUAUUUUAUUCAAAAUUUUAUCUGCAGCCCAAACCAUUUUGUGAGCCCCCAUGAUUGGACACAUACUGUUGAACUAAACUAAACACCAUGUAUUGGCUCUCCAAAGUUCCAUCCCCUUUCUUUAGAAUAUACAUAAGCCACAUGGUGAAUUUACAUAAGAAGAUGAAGGUAUGGUGUUGUUCAGCCUUCAGAAUGACUUGAAUCUGGAAAUGUCUUUAUGAGCCGAAAACAAAACUUUGUCUUAACAUGUCAAGCGUUAACAGUUCCUGGUGAACAGUUUGUGUGUCUGCUGCUCUGGUUCUGAAACACGUUUGUAUAUAGAUAGAAAAGUUGGCAUCAAUUUUGUUUAAAUAAAGCAACUUUUAAGGUCU